UUGAAUUGAAUGAACAAAAGUUAGAAUUCAGAGGGAGUAGGUAUAGAAAAAAAAAAAAACAAAACCUAGCCUCACCAAAUCCCAAAACGACGUCAAAAAUGGCCGUUUCAAGCCUCCACCGCGUCUUCACCUUCGAGUGCCGCUCCGAUCCCGAUUUCGCCUCCCUCCCAUCCACCGAAAACCUCCGUAGCAGCCGCCGUCAUUUCCCCGCAGCCGGUCUCUCCGCCGCGUUCUACGGCAUCUCUUCUCCAAUUCUUCGUUUCCCCCCAAACUUUCAGCGUCAGCUCAGUACUAAAGCUCGUCGUAACUGCAGCAACAUCGGUGUCGCGCAAAUCGUCGCUGCUUCGUGGUCUAAUGAAGGGAUCGGCCACCCCGCCGCUGGGGUCCCUCCGGUGCCGGCCGUUGCAUCAGCUGUUGAUGCUGCGACGGCGCCGCUCCCCUUAGACCUCGACGCCGACGACGAGAAUGUUGUCGAUGCUGGGGUAAAUGGGGCUGUACAGACUAACAGUAGGUCUUAUUCUUCGUUUUUGAAAACCGAUGCAAGCAAAACGAUUCAUGCGGCUGAAAGACUUGGUAGGGCUAUCGUGACUGAUGCAAUUACCACUCCUGUGGUGAACACUUCUGCCUACUUUUUCAAGAAUACUGCCGAUCUUAUUGAUUAUAAGGAGAAACGUCUGGCUAGUUAUGAAUAUGGGCGCUAUGGGAAUCCAACCAGUACUGUUUUAGAGGAGAAAUUAAGUGAACUGGAAGGGGCUGAGUCAACUGUCUUAUUGGCGUCUGGAAUGUGUGCUAGCAUAGUUAUGCUCAUGGCGCUGGUUCCAGCCGGUGGACAUCUUGUGACUACAACUGAUUGUUACAGGAAGACUAGGAUAUUUAUAGAGACUGUGCUUCCGAAGAUGGGGAUCACGGCCUCUGUGAUUGAUCCUGCUGAUGUUGGAGCCUUGGAAUCUGCAUUGGAGCAGAACAAGGUGUCUCUAUUCUUCACCGAGUCUCCUACCAAUCCAUUCCUGAGAUGUGUUGACAUUAAGCUGGUUUCAGAGCUUUGCCACAAGCAUGGGGCUUUGCUCUGCAUUGAUGGUACAUUUGCUACGCCUUUGAACCAGAAGGCCCUUGCCCUUGGUGCUGAUUUGGUUAUGCACUCUUGUACGAAGUACAUUGGUGGACAUCAUGAUGUAAUUGGUGGUUGCAUAAGUGGCUCUGCUAAGCUGAUUUCAGAAAUUCGUAUUUUGCAUCAUAUUUUGGGCGGUGUUCUUAACCCGGUUAGUCAUUUCUACAAGCCUGAUUAUUUGAUUGAUUCAUUUUGCACCAAAUAUAUUUUCCAUGGAAGAAUACUUCUACUAUUGAUUAUUUUGACUGACAGUGUGCGAUUUUGUUUACAGAAUGCUGCAUACCUAUUCAUCAGAGGCAUGAAAACACUGCAUCUUCGUGUACAGCAGCAGAAUUCAACUGGAAUGGGGAUGGCCAAAUUUUUAGAGGCACAUCCCAAGGUGAAGCGUGUCUACUAUCCAGGUUUGCCAAGUCAUCCUGAACAUGAGCUUGCCAUGAGGCAGAUGACUGGUUUUGGAGGUGUCGUCAGUUUUGAGAUUGAUGGAGAUCUAGAAACCACAAUAAAAUUUAUUGAUUCACUGAAAAUCCCAUAUAUUGCUCCCUCUUUUGGUGGCUGUGAGAGCAUUGUGGACCAACCAGCCAUUUUGUCUUACUGGGAUCUUCCUGCAUCUGAAAGGGCUAAGUGGAAAAUUUAUGACAAUUUGGUUCGCUUCAGUUUUGGAAUUGAAGAUUUUGAGGAUUUGAAGGCUGAUAUCGUGCAGGCACUGGAAGUCAUAUAGGCAGCAGAGUUCAUUAUUCACCGCAAGCUAUUUUCCUUUUCUCGUUUAUUUAAUCGUGUUUGGUUCCUGUAUGUGCGGUGUGCAACUGCAGGUAUUAAUCAGUUUCUAGUGAGUUGAGGGUGUUUGUUGUUUCUUGUUUGUUUGGUGAACCUAGUGAAUUAUGAUUGCCUAGUGAAAUCUGUUGGUUUUGUUAAAUAAAAAUGGCCUGUGAUUUGAAUCCUAUAAAACACAUUAAUGUUGUUGAAGUGUUGAAAUUGAGGUAUCCAAACAUUAAUCUAUAAUAGUCUUCUUCUUGGUUGUCA